CCAACUGGGAGGGUCGGGAGACCUCGGCACGUCCUGGUGGGCGCUGAAGAGCUCUUAAGAGGGUCUCCUGUGUGGGGCGUUGCGGUAGUGAGCACUGGAAUCCGCCGGGAGCAAGGAAAAGCAGAAGCGUUGAUUUACAACGAGAACCUGGCGUCCUGCUCUGGCACCAUGAGGAACUUCAAAGGAGUCAACUUUGGGACUCUGCUGAGCAGCCAGAAGGAGGCUGAAGAAUUGCUGCCUGCGUUGAAGGAGUACCUGUCCAAGCCUCCAAUUGGUCCCUCCAGCUGCCAAUCUGAUGCAGAGAAGAGGCAAACCUGUGAUGCCAUCCUCAGGGCUUGCAAUCAGCAGCUCACUGGCAAGCUGGCUUCCUCUGGGCACCUGGGGAUCCUGCUGGAUCUGGCAGAGCUGGCCUGUGAUGGCUACUUGGUGUCCACCCCCCAGCGGCCUCCACUCUACCUGGAACGAAUCCUCUUUGUCUGUCUGAGGAAUAUUGCCACCCAGGGCAGCCCAGAGGCCAUGUUCCGCCUUGCCCACCCCCUUCAUGCCUGCUUGGUGCAGUGUUCUCACCAAGCUGCUGCCCAGGACUAUGAGGCUGUGGCUCGGGGCAGCUUUUCUCUGCUUUGGAAGGGGGCAGAAACCCUGGUGGAACGGCAAACUGCAUUCUCUGCUAGGCUGAAGGCCUUGAGCUUCCUAGUACUCUUGGAGGAUGAAAGUACCCCUUGCGAGGUUCCUUACUUUGCUUCUCCAACAGCUUGUCAAGUGGUAGCUGCUUAUCAGCUCUUUGAUGCCAGUGGGCAUAGUCUGAGUGAAGCAGAUGCUGAUUUCCUAGAUGACCUGCUCUCCAGGCAUGUGAUCAGAACUUUAGUGGGUGAAGGAGGAGGUUGUCCUGGUCCUCUUUCUCCUCCAAGGGCUCUCUGCCUCUUGGAGCUCACCCUGGAACACUGCCGUCGUCUCUGCUGGAGACGCCACCAUGCCAAGGCCACCAGGGCAGUGGAGAAAGCCCAUGGUUACCUAAGGAACACAGAUCUGGCCCCCAGCCUCCAGCUCUGCCAGCUGGGGGUCGAGCUGCUGCAGGUUGGGGAAGGAGAUCCCCAGGCAGUGGCCAAGCUUCUGAUCAAGGCAUCAGCUGUCCUGAACGCCAAUAUGGAGGCACAUUCACCCCCGCUGCGUGCAUUGUGUGACAGCUGCCAGUUCUUCCUCUCAGGCCUCGAGCGAGCCACCAAGAGGUGCUGUGGACCCGAUGCUAUUCUGGGCCUCUUUGCUUUUCUUGGCGGGUACUGCUCCGUCAUCCGGCAGCUUCAAGAUGGUGUCUGUGGGGACUCCUCUAAGCAGCGGCUGUCUUUGGUUCAGAUGCACUUUCAGGGACUUCACUUCUACACUGUGGUGGUUUAUGACUUUGCCCAAAGCUGUCAGGAGGCUGAUUUGGCUGACCUGGCCCAGCUGGCAGAGAGUUGCAGAUCUACUGUCAUCUGGAUGCUGGAGGCCUCAGAGGGCCUGUCAGGCCCAGAGCAAACAGACUACCUGGGAAUGACUGCCUCUUACACCAGUAACUUGGCCUACAGCUUCUAUCGUCACAAGCUCUAUGCCGAGGCUUGUGCCACCUCUGAGCCCCUCUGUCAGCACCUGGGCUUGGUAAAGCCAGGCACCUAUCCUGAGGUGCCUCCUGAGAAGCUGCACAAGUGCUUCCGAUUACAUGUGGAGAGUUUGAAGAAACUGGGUCAGCAGGCCCAAGGCUGCAAGAUGGUGAUUUUGUGGCUGGCAGCUCUGCAGCCUUGUGGCCCUGAAUACAUGGCUGAGCCAGUCAGCUUCUGGGUUCGGGUCAAGAUGGAUGCGGCCAGGGCUGGAGACAAGGAGCUACAGCUGAAGACUCUGCGAGACAGCCUGAGUGGCUGGGACCCGGAGACCCUGGUCCUUCUGCUCAGGGAGGAACUGCAGGCCUACAAAGCAGUGCGGGCCAACACAGGGCAGGAACGUUUCAACGUCAUCUGUGACCUGCUGGAGUUGAGCCCCGAAGACACACCUGCCAGGGCCUGGGCACGAGCCACAUACCUGGUGGAACUGGCUCAGGUCCUCUGCUACCAUGACUUUGCCCGGCAGACCGACUGCUCUGCCCUGGAUGCUAUCCGGGAAGCCCUCCAGCUUCUGGAGUCUGUGCGGCCCGAAGCCCAGGAUGAGGAUCGGCUUCAGGACGACAAAGCACAGGCCCUGCUCUGGCUCUACAUCUGUACCCUGGAGGCCAAAAUGCAGGAAGGUAUUGAGCGGGAUCGGAGAGCCCAGGCCCCAAGUAACCUGGAGGAAUUUGAAGUCAACGACCUGAACUAUGAAGAUAAGCUCCAGGAAGAUCGUUUCCUGUAUAGUAACAUUGCCUUCAACCUGGCUGCAGAUGCUGUUCAGUCCAAAUGCCUGGACCAAGCCCUGGCCCUGUGGAAGGAGGUUCUUACAAAGGGGCAGGCCCCAGCUGUGCGGUGUCUCCAGCAGACAGCAGCCUCACUGCAGAUCCUAGCAGCCCUCUAUCAGCUGGUGGCAAAGCCCCUACAGGCGCUAGAGGUCCUCCUGCUUCUACGAAGUGUCUCCAAGAGACUGGAAGACCAUGCGAAGGCAGCUGGCUCUUCCUGCCACAUCACCCAGCUCCUCCUGACACUUGGCUGUCCCAGCUAUGCCCAGGUAUACCUGCAAGAGGCAGAAUCAAGCCUGAAGCUUCUGGAUCGUGCUACUGACAUGUGCCUGCUCCUUACCCUGACCUGUGAUCUGCUCCGAAGUCAACUCGACUGUGCUCACCGGAAGGUGCCUGAGGGUGUCUCUCUGUUGCUGUCUGUGCUUCGGGAUCCUGCCCUCCAAAAGGCAUCCAAGGCUUGGUACUUGCUGCGUGUCCAGGCCCUGCAGCUGGUGGCUGUCUACCUUAGCCUGUCAUCGAACAGCCUCCCGGUAUCCUUAGGGGAGCAGCUCUGUGCCCAAGGCUGGCAGACACCUGAGAUUGCGCUCAUUGACUCCCAUAAGCUCCUCCGAAGCAUCAUCCUCCUGCUAAUGGGCAGUGAUGUGCUCUCAGUUCAAAAGGCAGCUGUGGAGACACCAUUUCCAGACUACGGUGAAAAUCUGGUGCAAAAAUGGCAGAUUCUUUCAGAGGUGCUAAGCUGUUCAGAGAAGUUGGUGUCCCGCCUGGGCCGCCUGGGCAGUGUGAGCGAAGCCAAGGCCUUUUGCUUGGAGGCCCUGAAACUGACGAUGAAGUUACAAAUACCGCGCCAGUGUGCCCUGUUCCUGGUGCUGAAGGCAGAGCUAGAGCUGGCACGCAGUGACACAGACCUUUGUCAGUCUGAUCUGCAGCAGGUUCUGUUCUUGCUUGAAUCCUGCACAGAAUUUGGUGGGCUGGGUCCACACCCGGAUUCUGUGACAAAGAAGGUCCACCUGCAGAAGAGGAAGAAGCAGGCAUGGGUUCCCUGUCCUCCAGAGCUCCCAGAGGAGGAACCCUUCCUAAGAGGCCCUGCUCUCGAGCUGGUGGCCACUGUGGCUAAGGAGCCUGGCCCCACAGCACCUUCUACCAUCUGUUCCCCAAUCCUAAAAACCAAGCCCCAGCCCAGCCCUGGCUUCCUGUCCCACUCACCCACCUGUGACUGCUUGCUCUGUGCCAGCCCUGUCCUCUCAGCAGUCUGUCUACGCUGGACAUUGGUCACAGCAGGAGUGAGGCUGGCCAUAGGCCAUCAGGUCCAGGGUCUUGAUCUGCUACAGCUCGUGCUAAAGGGUUGCCCUGCAGCCACUGCGCGCCUCGCCCAAGCUCUGCAGGCUUCCCUCCAUCACAAGGCACCCCCCUCUCCUGUCCCAGGCCUCUUGGAUGAGAUCUUGGCUCAGACGUACACACAGCUGGCACUGGAGGGCCUUAGCCGGCCAUCAGACAAGAGCCUGGGAAAGGUCCUGGAGUCUGGGCUGAAGUUUGUGGCAGAACGGUUAUACCACCUGGAGCCCUGGCGAGCGAGCCUGCUCCUGAUCCGGGCCCUUGCAAAGCUGGCUGGCCUCAGCUGCUGUACUGCCCAACUUUUUGCAAACUCCUGGGGUUGGCACCCACCAGUGGUAAAGAAACCCCCAGCCUCAGAACCAUCUAAGACCCGGAGCCAGAAGCAUCCAGGACGAGGGUGCCAGCGGUACCCUGCUACCCUGCCCCUCCGUAAUACCUCUCUGAAAGGUCAAGAAAGUGGAGGACUACCCUGUACACCCAAGCCCCUGGGCCGGGUCAGGCAGGCUGGUCCUCGAGUCCCCUUCACCGUAUUUGAGGAACUCUUCCCUACAGAGAGCAAACCUGAGAUUCCCAAGGCCCCCAGGGUACAACAGAGGGCCCAGACGCGCCUCAAGGUGAGCUUCAGUGAUGACAGUGACUUGGAAGACCUUGUCUUAGCUGAGGCACGGCUUGCACGGGAGCCUAAGAGACGGGGUGCUGCUUCCCGGGGCCGGGCCAGGAAGGGCCCAGGCUUGAAGACUGAUGCAGUGGUUGCCCCAGGGAGUGACCCUGGGCACCCUGGCUUGAGUGGCAGAAGCCGAAGGACCAAGAAGGUGGUGCCGGGGCCUUGUGAGGAACAGGGCUCCCAGAAGGCCCACUGUGGCCAGGCCAGGCUGGGCCCCGAGGUCAUGAGGACCAUCCCUGAGGAGGAACUGACUGAUAACUUGAUGGAAAUGAGUUUUGAGAUCCUCAGGGUCUCUGAUGGGGAAGACUCUGCCUCAGGUGGGAAGGCACCUGCUCCAAGGUCGGAUGCAGCCAUGGGAGAAUGUGAGGUGCUGAGACGGGAUGCCAGCAAGGAAGGGUUGUCCAUCAUGUGCCCAGACAAAGAGAACAACAGGGACCCAGGUCCUCGGCGCCGGCUCCCCUCGGCCUCUGUAGCUGUCGGUCUCUCUACCCUGGAUUCCAUCUGUGAGUCACUGGGCAGUGCUCUUCGUGGGGUCAGUCACUGCCCUCCUAGUGGACUCUACGCCCACCUCUGCCGCUUCCUGGCCUUGUGCCUGGGCCACCAGGAUCCCUGUGCCACUGCCUUCCUCGUCACUGAGUCGGUCUCCAUCACCUGUCGCCACCAGCUGCUCACCCACCUCCACCGGCAGCUCAGCAGAGCCCAGAAGCACCAAAGGUCACUUGAAAUGGCAGACCAGUUGCAGAGACUGAGCCUUCAGGCGAGGCCUGGAGAUGUCCCCCUGGCCCGCAUCCAGCAGCUCUUUUCCUUCAGGGCUUUGGGAUCCGGCUCCUUCCCCCAGCCUGAGAAGGAGAGUUUCCAGGCGCACCUGGCUCUGAUUCCCAGUGGGGUGAUCGUGUGUGUGUUGGCCUUGGCCACCCUCCAGCCUGGAACCGUGGGCAACACCCUCCUGCUGACCCGUCUGGAAAAAGAUAAUCCUCCGGUCACUGUGCAGAUCCCCACUGCCCAAAACAAGCUUUCUUUGAGUUCAGCUCUGAAUGAGUUUGACACCAUCCAGAAGGAACAGAAAGAGAACAGCAGCUGUACAGACAAGCGAGAAUGGUGGACAGGGCGACUGGAACUGGACCACAGGAUGGAGGUCCUCAUCGCUUCCCUAGAGAAGGAUGUGUUGGGCUGCUGGCGGGGGUUGUUGCUGCCAUCCAGCGAGGACCCUGGCCCUGCCCAUGAGGCUUCCAGCUUACAGGGGUUGCUGCAGGAAUGUGGCUGGAAAUAUCCUGACCCCACUCUGCUAAAAGUCAUGCUCAGUGGCUCCAGUACCCUCACCCCUCAGGAUAUUCAGGCCCUGGCCUAUGGGCUGUGCCCGACCCAGCCUGAGCGAGCCCAAGAACUCCUGAGUGAGGCGAUAGGACGUAUUCAGGGUCAGACGGUGCAAAGCAAGAGGCACCUUGUCUUGGUGCUAGACAAGGACCUGCAGAAGCUGCCAUGGGAAAGCAUGCCCAGCCUCCGGGCACUGCCUGUCACCCGGCUGCCCUCCUUCCGCUUCCUACUCAGCUACUCCAUCAUCAAAGAGUCUGGGGCCUCAUCAGUGCUGAGCCAAGGGGUGGAUCCACGCAGUACCUUCUACGUCCUGAACCCUCACAAUAACCUGUCAAGCACAGAAGAGCAAUUUCGAGCCAGUUUUAGCAGUGAAGCCGGCUGGAGAGGGGUUGUUGGGGAGGUCCCAAGCCCAGAGCAGGUGCAGGCGGCCCUGACGGAACAUGACUUAUAUAUCUAUGCAGGCCAUGGGGCUGGUGCCCGAUUUCUGGAUGGGCAGGCUGUCCUGCGGCUGAGCUGCCGGGCAGUGGCCCUACUGUUUGGCUGCAGCAGCGCAGCCCUGGCUGUGCAUGGAAACCUGGAGGGAGCUGGCAUCGUGCUCAAGUACAUAAUGGCUGGCUGUCCCUUGUUUCUAGGUAACCUCUGGGAUGUGACUGACCGUGACAUUGACCGCUACACAGAGGCUCUGCUGCAGGGCUGGCUUGGAGCAGGUCCUGGCGCCCCCCUUCUCUACUAUGUCAAUCAGGCCCGCCAGGCUCCCCGACUCAAGUAUCUUAUUGGGGCUGCCCCAGUAGCCUAUGGCUUGCCUGUCUCCCUGCGGUGACCCCUUGGAGCUCAUGCAUCUCUGAUAAAAGCCAUAUGACUGUGUUACCCUGCAGCUUAGAUUUUAACCUUAGAAUAAAUAUUUUUAAGUGAUUCUCCUGUUUUAUAUGAAAUAUUUCCUUUUGACUUAACCUUAAUGUAAUAAAGA